AUGCAUCAACAACCACCAAUCUACGGCGCUGCUAGCGAGCCUCCCGCCAAACAAUUUUCUACCCCACAUCGUGAUUGUGGUCCCCUCGACACUCAGUCUGCUGCUGCAAGGCCGCCAAAGCAAGUAUCGCCGGAAUUUGAGUUUCCUAUGCCCUACAGCGGUCUUCCAGUGAAUUCACACGCCUCUGGGAUAACUGUCUCGCCCGUGGGGCCUUUGCCGCGUCCAACUCUUUCGCGAGAGUGGGAACACCCCGCCCACCUGCCUCCGGAAUCGCUUAGGCGCGAUUACAACUUUGCUAAGCCAGCAGAGAACCCGGAAUAUCUGGUUGAAAGGCAUAGCGACGUAAUUCUGAAAAGACCAAGGGCACUGUCCGUUACCACUCACAGAGACGACCGUCCAAUCGGGACGAAUUUGAUGGACCCCAUCAAGCAAGAUCGAAUCUUGAGCGCAGUGAAUGACCGGUUAUCACAAUGUGCUUUUGACUUUGUUGCAAAGUAUCAAUUUCCGAUUCCACUGGAACCGGACAAGAGACAGGUGAGGGUUCCCUCAGACCGUGAAUGGACUGAGUGGGUAUAUCUCCUUAAAAGACUAGCCACCAAGCGCCGCAUUCCCGCCCGGGUUUUGUAUAAUGGCCAAAUCAAACAAUUAGUCACGGUGCUGGAGAACUCCCUGGAAAUGAGGCAUGCUGCCAAGCAUCAGUCCAGACCCAUCAAGGAUGAUCGAAAUGUUCUUCAGCUAAUUUCAGCUGGAACCCAAGUGGCAAAGAUCCUUAAAGAUGCCAGUGCCAUGGAGUUCUUAGACCGUCUUUAUGUUGACACGGAGAAGCGCAUUCAGGAUCGACGUACUCGCCGGGUAAAGUUCGCCAAUCCAUGA